AUGGAACUAUGGGUAUUAAUAAAUUAUAAAUAUCGAUUAGCUACAGAUACUAAUCAACGACUGAGCUAUCUGUUAGCCGCUAUAGUGCAAAGUCGUGAGGUAAAGAAACGUAAACAGGACGAGAUAAAUUCGCUUAUCGAAAUGCCAGAAAACGUUUCUUAUCACGUCAAAAAUGGCAUUCGAUAUUUAAGCCCAUACUGGAGUGUUUAUCGCACAUGGGCUAAAGGACGAUGGGUUGGGCGACGUUUGAUCGAUAUUUUUGCAGAGGAAUUUAUUUCAUUGAGCCCGCAUUACCCCGCAGCAGCAUGUAAAUUAGGUCGUAUUUGGGUAAAUUGCAAUCAGAUGACGGAUGUUGAUUAUAUCGUACAGCAUAACGAUUCCAUUGAGCAUAUAGGGCAUCGCCACGAGCAUCCCAUUUUGGAUCAUUAUAUCAGAGUGAUUGAUAACGACAAUAAUGUUCUGGUGGUGGAUAAGCCACCAAGUAUGCCGGUACAUCCAUGUGGUAGGUAUAGUGUGCAUACAGUUUUGGGGAUGUUGCGGGAACAACGAGGUCUCCGCGGUCUUAGAGUUGUACAUAGAUUGGAUCGGACAACAUCCGGUGUAUUGUUGUUUGCUAGAAAUGCUGAAACCGAUAUUAAACUGAAAAAGAUGUUACGUACUGGUGAAAUACGACAUAAAGAAUAUCUCUGCAAAGUGGAAGGUGUUUUUCCGGCAGAUAAAGAGGUUGUUUGUGAUCGUCCCAUUGGGCCACUUGUUGUUUCGAUGGGUAUUCAAUGCGUUCGUGAUGAUGGUAAAUAUGCUCUAAGCCGUUUUUCGCGUUUAUGGACUGAUGGUCAAACAUCGAUCGUUCGUUGUAUGCUAGAAACUGGUCGUACCCAUCAAAUUCGUGUUCACUUGCAAUAUUUAGGUUACCCAAUAGUGGAUGAUUACAUUUAUAAUACUCCUGGAUGGGGUGAAACCAAAGGCAAGGAUGGCAAUUAUGGGAAGUCAUUGGAACAGCUUCGAAAAGAUGUUCUGGAAGAGCAUAAGCUAUCGAAAUGGCAUGAACAUGUAGACCCUGAAUAUGAGAUCAGAAUAAAAAGAAUUGCUGAAGGAGAGGUACAACCUGAAUCAGAAGGACUAGACACAAAAGUGCGCCAGGAAUAUGAUCCCAUAUGUGUGAAUUGCAACGUGAAAAAGAAAGAUAUCAUACCUGAACAUCUGAUGCUACACCUACACUGUCUCAAAUAUCAAACUAAUGAAUGGUGUUAUUCGAGUGAGAUGCCAAGUUGGGCCAUUAAGCCAAGUAAUAUGCAAGACAUAAGGGAAGCGAUGGAAGAUCCCUCGGGGAACAGACAUGCAGUUCAUAGCUGA